AUGCUUUUGGAAUGCCAUAGGCGUUGUUUGGGACAUGAGGCUUGGGGCGCUGCAGAGGACAUCGUUUUGGGCCACUACAGGGAGGAUUCCUGGCGACGCAACUCCGGACUCAUCGGCCUGGCUGGCUCAGGUCUGGGGGUCCUUAGCGAGGCUCAGGCUGUUGCUUGUGCAGAGCAUGUUCCUGCAGCCAGCUCUGGAUAUAUCGCCGGAGGCAUCGAGCGACUGAAGCGAGGCUUAGGGUUCUCCAAGUCUGCCAUCGACGCUGGCCGCGCAGCGCGUGCGCCGCCACCUGCGCCGGUGCUGCGGAUGCGAGCAGCAGCCUAUGCCGGGGGACAGUUCAUUCGCUCCAUGGCCGCAACGGCAGUGGGCUGGUGUCCACGGGAAGAGGCCCUCGAGGUGCAGGAGGUGGAGAUGAAGGUCUUUAAUUUCAAGAACUUGGAGGAUCUGGAGCAUCUGGAGCCUACCCGGCAAUUCGAUGAGGAAGUUGAAGAGGUGGAGGGGUGGCUUCUCCUUCCAGAGGAUUCGGAAGCAUUGGUGAGGAAUUUGCUGAUGUCCUCCGCAUGUCAGGAGAGUGGCUGGGCUACCCCUGAACUGCUGGGCUCUAGCGGUGUAGAGGUACGAUUGCAUGGCAAGCGUCCUGCCUAUUUUUGUUGUGCGGUGGUCUUGGGAUGUACAGGAUUUGGCGGAGUGAAAGCCCACCCGGCCACUGGCCACUGGCCAUUGCUGGCCGCCUCAAGGGAGCUUCCGUGGAAUCGAACGAGCGUUGACAUGGUCGAGGAAUGCGCCCGGAGUCUCAGUAACUUCAAGCAGUCAACAUAUUCGUUGCAAAUGUUGCAACCCCGAGAUUUCCCGUUGCAAGCUCCUAUGUUGGUCGCGAGCGCUGGCAAUGCGGGCUUCGCUCCCGCUCCAGCAUGGCGGGUGGAGAAACCCCGAGUCGGACACCGCCCUGGUCCUUGGACACCGUUGGCCACCAGCUGCGCAGCCGCCGGCGUCGUCCGCGUGGUCCGCGUGGUCCGCGCCGUGGCGCGGAGGUUUCCAAUGGAGGCGAGGAGUGAGGCGGUGAGCUCGGCCUACAUUCACAUCCCCUUCUGUCGUCAAAAGUGCAGAUACUGCGACUUUCCCAUUGAUGUCCCAGGGAAGUCCCGCUUUGCUGUCCGCGUGCAGCGCUACAUGGCCUGUUUGCUGCAGGAGCUGCGCUCAGGCGGUGCUGGAGCCUUUCAGGAAGACUUUCAACGCAAACCCUUGGAAACGCUCUAUUUCGGCGGUGGCACUCCAUCUUUGCUGCCCAUCGACGACUUCCGCCGGAUCUUCCGCAGCGUUCGGGAGCUCUUCGGCUUGGCGAUCGAUUGCGAAGUCACUGUGGAGAUGGAUCCGGGAAGCUUCAGCAAAGAGACGGCAGAAGCCUUAGUCGGCUUGGGGAUGGUCCGUGCCAGUGUUGGCGUUCAGAGUCUGAACGACGACACCCUGCGCGCCUGCGGCCGCAGCCACUCAGCUGCUGAAGCCGUGGAAGCGCUGAAGCUGCUCCGAGAGGCAGGGGUCCGGAACAUCAGCGCUGAUCUUUUGAGCGGCUUGCCCAACCAGAAGCCUGAAGAACUCCUUUCGCACAUACAUCAGUUGGUCGACCUUGGUGUGGACCAUCUCUCAGUCUACGACUUGCAAUACGAGCCCGGCACCGCCUUCGGGAAGCGCUUCCCGGUGGCAGGUGACAACGGGCGGCCCAGCAGCGACAAGGCGGCGGAGAUGUAUGAAGCGGUGCAUUGGGGACUGGAGAAGUUGGGUUUCGAGCACUACGAGGUGUCCAACUACGCCCGCCGGUCCAGCGACGGAGCAAAACGAUCCCGGCACAACCAGGUCUAUUGGCACGGCAAGCCCUACGCCGCCUACGGCAAUGGCGCGGCAUCCUUUGUGAACUCCGUUCGUGCAAGCCGACCUCGCAGUUUGGAGGCCUACACGGCCUGGAUCGAGGCCGAUGGAGCUGCAGAGCACUUGGAGCUGGACACAUCUCAGAGGGAUCACCUGGCGGAUGCCAUGAUUGAGGCCACCAUGCUGAGCCUCCGCACCUCCGAUGGCCUGGACCUCUCCGCGCAAGACGACGAAACGCGGCGCUGCCUGCGGGCCAUCGCUGGGGCACUGCAGCGCUGGGAGGAGAGCGGCGCCGUGGAGCUGCAGCUUGACGAGUCUGGAUGCCGUUUGAAGGCCAAACUCAUCGCCCCCCAGGGGUUUCUGGUCUCAGAUGCCCUGCUUUCCGACGCCUUUGCAGCCGCUGGGCUGAAGCUUUGCAGCUUGGCGCUAAGGCCACAAAUCUUGCCAGCGCUGUGGCUUUAGAAAUGGCCUACCGCGCGGCAGCGGAGGGAGG